CCGCCCUCUGACCCAGCGGCCAAUCUCCUGCCCUGGCGCGAAGGUUAGGGCGAAUCCAAAACAGAAAGUACCCGAGAGAGGCGCCGAGAUGGAGGCGGCAGAGACCGAAGCUGAGGCGGUAGCCAGACAGGUCCUGGCUGAGGUGGCAAACGUUAUAGAGCCUGUAGGUCUACAGGAGGAAGCGGAGUUGCCAGCGGAGAUCCUGGCUGAGUUUGUGAGGAACUCUCGGAAGAAAGACAAGCUCCUCUGCAGCCAACUUCAAGUAGUAGACUUUUUACAGAAUUUCCUGGCUCAAGAUGAAACUGCCCAGGGCCUGGACCCCUUGGCUUCCGAAGACACAAGUCGGCAGAAGGCAAUUGCAGCCAAGGAACAAUGGAAAGAGCUUAAGGCCACGUACCAGGAACAUGUGGAGGCCAUAAGAAGUGCCCUGACUGAGGCCCUUCCCCAAGUGGAAGAGGCCCAAAGGAAGCAUGUGCAACUCCAGGGGGCCAUUGAGCAGCUCCGGGCCAAGAAACAAGUGGCCAUGGAGAAAUUCAAAGUAGCCCAAAAGCAGUGGCAAUUGCAACAGGAAAAGCAUCUGCAGAGUCUGGCGAAGGUUUCUGCACAGGUGAAGGAGCGUCAGACUGGAACUCAGCAGGAGCUUCAGCGUUUGUAUCAAGAACUUGAAGCUCUGAAACAUCAGGCAGUACAGGAGCAAGAUAAAUUGCAAAGGCACCAGAACUUCCUUCAACUGCUAUAUACCCUGCAGGGGAAGCAGCUGCUUCCCGAGGAUGAGGGCCAUGUUAUCCCAGGAGCUGCCUCUCUACCUGGAUCUCCCUAAGGAUCAAACAUAGAAAAUCCACACUCAAGCCUUCCACUCUGAUACAGAGGCAUUUAUUUCCGUUAUGAGGACACCUAGAAGCUACAGGAAUCUCAUCUGACUGUUUUGGGAUACUAAUUGCUAUCAACAGUUUGCUGUUUUGUUUUUGGUACUGGGGGUUGAACCUCGGGUCCUUGCGCUUGCAAGGCAGGCCACUGAACCGCUGAGCUAAAUCCCCGGCCCGUUUGCUGUAUUUUUAGUUGAGUUUCCUGUUUAUUUGUAAAGAAGCCAAAGGACAGCCUGAUUCAUUUUUAAGUGUGUGAAGAGCAGCAUUCAUAUUCCAUGUCUUAUAAUUUAAGAGAUAUUUGUGUUUAGGAUCUUUUU